GUUUAAAAAGCCACUGAUAUGAAACACACAGGUGGACAGGCCCCUUCCAAGAUAUCGGAUCAAGAGCAGCCGUAGGGCAAAGAUAAAUUGACCUCUUGGUCGCUUUGGUCCAUGCUAGAGUAGUUAAGCGAAUGUCAAAUCCAGGGGUGUAGUGCGGGGCGGCGGGGACGCGCAGGGACGGAGCGAGCGCCGGUACUUCUCGGCUUGGUGGUGGGCAUGGCCAUGGGGGCUGUCAAGGAGAGCGCCUGCACUUCUGAAUUUGUAACUACACAUCACUGGUCAGAUCAUAAAUCGCACCCCCGGGAAAAGCUAUGGAAAGAGAUCUAGCAGAGACUUUUGCCAAAAUGCUCCUUUUGUUGUUGGGGAUCAUUGUGCUCCACGUUUCAGUGCUUGUCCUUCUCUUCGUUUCUACAAUUGUCAGUCAAUGGGUUGUUGUGAAUGGGCACACGUCAGACCUCUGGCAGAACUGCAGCGCCACCCUGAGUCCAUUUCACUGCUUGCCGUCAUCCACAAAUGAAUGGCUGCAGUCUGUCCAGGCAAUGAUGAUCCUGUCCAUCAUCUUCAGUGUUUUGUCUUUGUUCCUGUUCUUCUGCCAGCUCUUCACUCUCACUAAGGGUGGACGGUUCUACCUUACUGGCAUUUUCCAAAUCCUUGCUGGCCUGUGUGUGAUGAGCGGUGCUGCCAUAUUCACAGUGAGACAUGAAGAUUGGCAUCCCCACGUGGAUAUCUCCUUCGGCUUCGCAUACAUCCUGGCUUGGGUAGCUUUCCCUCUGGCUGCCCUUAGUGGAGUGAUCUACAUCAUUUUGAGGAAGCGCGAAUGAAGUGUCAAGUGAGGCUGCUGAGACUAGAGCACUCGGGACAAAGGGGUGUCUAAGAGUUAGAGAGUUUUAAAAAAAGGAAGUUAACCCAAAAAAAGCAAAAAACCCAACAAGGAAAAACAAAAACCAAACCAAACUGAAGAAGGGUUAUUGUGUUCAUUGAAGAUGUAUAUAGUAUCUAUGGUUUUAAAAACCUAUUUAUAACACUUUUUACAUAUAUGUACAUAGUAUUGUUUGCUUUUGUUUGUUGACCUGCCGCCAUGUUUAAAGCCUAAAGAAAGUGCCUAAGAAUUCUUACUCCUAACCGUAUAAUUAGAGUGCUGUAUUUCCUCCUCCUGCUGUGGAAGCCAAUGGAUCCCUCCUCCAAAGCUUUCCACUUCCAGCCCCACACCACAUACAAGUCAGGAACCCAGGCUGAGCCCUCAGAUGGUUAGGGUGUGCCACCACUGCACUGAUGCUGGCCAAUGCCCUCGUGUACCCAUGUUAACCAAGUGAUGGAUAUAAAUGCCAUGUGGAAAGGGGAAGGAUGUGUGCCAAAAUGUAGAUGGUGCAUAAGGUAAGGGUGAGUGAGCCAAGUUUCAAAACCUCUGAUAGCCAAUAUGGAGUUGUAUGUGAAGUAUAGUCUCAUCUGUGCAUCCUGCAGCUGUGUAAUUUUGCCAUCUCCCCCAUGUAUAAUCCCCAUGUAUGACAACCUGAGCUCCUUGGAGGAAGGGCAGGAUAGAAAUGUCAUAAUCAAUACAUCUCUUCCAGCGGGGUCUACUCGCAGCCAGUGCCUGUUUGUGUUAUAUUCAAUCAUAUCAAUAUAUACAUAUUGUGAAAUGGCCAAGACUAGCACUGAGGCUGAAGGAAAGAACUGAGUGGGACAAGAAACAAAAAUAAAGUUAGUCAGGUCAGUUAAGAACUAGCCAAGUGGGCUGUCCUUCCAUUGAGACAAUUGUGGGUGAGAAGAUGGCCCUCCCCCCCCCAAAGGACUUUCCUCCCCUUUCUGUGAGAAUAAGCUAAAGUGGAGAAAAUGAAUGAAACCCUCUAAGCUUCAGAUCCCCAUUCCUCUCCCUAAUAUAUCUCUAGAAAUUUGAAUACCAAAUCUGUGAAAUGGUGCUAUCUAUUUACCAUUCCUUGUAUUGCUAAGCCAUUUAACCUUACUCACUGGAAAGUCAGAUAAUGAUUUUAUGAGAUAAACCAAGAAAUAGGAAUGAUAAAUAAUUCUGUGUAAUAUAUAUACAGCUUAUAACUGCUUUUGUACUUAGGAAAGUUGCUAUUAUUAUUAUUAUUACUAUUUUUUUUAAUAAAGCAUUUAUAACCAAGGUAUUCCCCCCCCCCUUAUGGUCAGGAGGGAAAUAAGCAAACCUUCUAGACCCCUCCACGCCUCUGUAACCCUUUUCUGUGCUUCUGAAGGUGUGUCUGGCAAUGACCUGUACUGGCAGCCGCAUGUAGAUGUGUAAGCGGUGCCUUCUGAUGCUAAGACUCCAGACAUUAUUAUGCGAUUAUUUUGCUUUGCUUUUCUGAUUUUAUACCAACUGUGUGGACUAAGAAGCAACAAAAUAAAAGUCAGAAUAACUCA